CUCCCCAACAGAACACAGAGAGCAAAGGAAAUAAUGGAUAGCGAACCCUCUCUAAAGCUUCCCCACAUAGAUUUCUCCGACCUAGAAGCAGGCAGCCCCAAGUGGGAGUUGGCAAAAGCACUAGUGAAGGAAGCACUCGAGGAGUUUGGGUGCUUCGAAGCCUCCUUUGACAAAGUGGCCGAUGAGGUUAGAAAGGGGCUGUUCGAAGCACUUGAAGAGCUUUUCAACCUCCCUUUGCAAACCAAGCUCAGAAACGUUUCUAAAAAGCCCUUCCAUGGCUACGUUGGACAGUACCCAAUGGCUCCACUUUUUGAAAGCAUGGGCGUGGAUGACUCCACCAUACCUGAAAAGGUCCAAAGCUUUGCCAAUAUCUUCUGGCCUCAAGGAAACCCAACCUUCAGCGAAGUUAUCGAAUCAUAUUCACAACAAUUAUCAGAACUCGACCAAAUCGUGAGGAGGAUGGUUGUAGAGAGCUUGGGAGUCGAAAAAUACAUGGAGGAACAUUUGGACUCAACAAACUAUCUUCUUAGAGUGAUGAAAUACAAAGGCCCUGAAAGCAAUGACACACAGCUUGGCCUUCACUCCCACACCGAUAAGAACAUCGUAACCAUUUUAUAUCAAAACCAUGUUGAGGGUUUGCAGGUUCAGACCAAAGAUGGGAAAUGGAUUAGCUUCCAACCGUCCCCGAACUCCUUCGUUGUCAUGAUCGGAGAUUCCUUCCACGCGUGGACGAACGGAAGAUUGUAUUCCCCAUAUCAUAGAGUGGUGAUGAGUGGGGAGAAAGCAAGGUACUCAGCUGGGCUAUUCUCAAUACCAAAAGCAGGGUAUAUGAUAAAGGCACCAAAGGAGCUUGUGGAUGAAGAACAUCCUUUGCUGUUCAACCCAUUUGAUCAUGUUGAGUUCCUUCAGUUCUACUACACGGAAGCUGGGCAAAGAGCUCAAUCUGCCCUCAAAACUUAUUGUGGUGCUUGAAAUAUGAAUCUUGGGUUUUGUGUAUCUUCAAAUAAUUUAUCACAACAAUUAUUUUCGUCUUUUG